UAAGAAAUCCUCAACCUUCGGAAGAAGAACAAAGAAAGGCUGAGUUUGUGUUCUCCCGGACAUUUGAUGUUAAAGAAUGCACUUUCUCAUAUAAACUAGAUAAUUCUGGAAAUGAAGUCCAGCAAUUAUUUAACAGCAAAGAGUUCUCAACGCUGAGUGGUGAUCAAGAACGGAGAGAAGAAGAAAACCACAAAUCUAGUGGCUCCGAGAAGGAUAACCUAAAAGCUCCAGUUGUUCGAGAUGGAGAGGAUGCUAAAAAGAAACCUGUCAAACUUUUAUAUCUUGCUUUUCGUGGAACAACAAUAAUGGCUAUCAGGAAUAAGUCUGGAUUGAAUUUUGCUGCAGAUGGGAAGAUCACUGACCUCACCACAAACUGAGUAAUCCAGUUAGAUGCAGAUAAGUUGGAAGAAUUGCCCGACGACACGAUAGCAGCUGUAUCUGGCUGUAAUAUUUGGUAUGAUCAUAUUAUCAAAAAGGUGACGCCAAAGAUCAAAAAGGAAGGAUGGGGCCCUGGAGAAUGUGCCAGAGAAACUAAUGAUAUUCUUAACAAGCAUAAGUUCACCGAGAAACAGUUAAUUAAAAUGGGGCUUGAACCGACAUAUGAUAUGAGCAAAGAGGACUGUGGCAUCAUAUAUGGAAAAUAUGCUGUUAAGAAUAAAGGUGAAAUUGCUAGUCCAACCAUGUACUAUGCGGAUCGGCAAAAUUGUUUCCCAAUCACUGACAUAAAAGAGUCUAAUGGUAUUCGUUCCAAUCUCUUGAGUGAAACUGGUAAAGUGGGGUACAUAUGUACUGGAAGUGGUGAGGAUGGAGGAUAUCGAGUUCUAAGUGGAUUUUCCUGUGUACCUGCAUCUGAUGAAGAGACGAUUAGCUGCACAGAAGAUGAAUCAAUUGAGAGUGGCAACCUCGUAGAUGAAGCAUAUGCUCUUAUCUUUCUGAAAGCAAUGCAAGCUGCAAUAGCUAGCGAUCCUACAGGUGCUACAGGAGGAUACAUUAUUAUGAAACACAUUGGGCCUGAGGGGAUUACCGAACUGCAUCCUAAAGUACACAUUGAUGAAGUUGAGUCUCACCUGAAGUCAUUACGAGCUCUCGUUGAAGAUGCGCAUCCACUGCUGGUGACUGCAAUGGAAGCACGCAUUGAUCAGGAGAUAAAGAGUUUUAUAGAUGCCAAGGAAAGUGAGAAAAAGGCCAUUAAAGAUGAAAGAGCAGAAAAAAGAAAACAACAAAACGAACGUCGAGCAAAGAGGGAAAACGACGAACGUGACAGAAGACUUAAAAGAGCUGCUGAACACAAGGAGGAAUUGAUCGCCAAACGGAGCCGAGUAAAUAGCAUGAUGCACAAGAGAAACUCACAAGCUUGAGUGUAGGAGUUGACCCUCCUCCACCAGCUCGUGACCCGCCAUUUCCAGCCUCUGUUCCUGCUAACCAUUUGACAGAUUCUGUAUUUGCGGAUUCAAUUGUUUCUAAUACAUCUAGAGGUACCAGUAGUAGUCAAAAGGGUGGUUCUAUCAUGUACAUAUUCAUACCUCAGUAAUGCUGGAACUGGAAGUGACACGUUAUCAGCUUUAUCAGAUUCAUAUACAGCAAAAAGAGGUCAUGAAAGGCAGCAAGAAGUAAGUUCCUUGGUAGACAAUACAAAUAACAGCGCAAGCAGGCAAUAUAUGGUUUCACAAAUGGACAAGACAUACCUUGACACACUCUGUAAAGAUGCUAGCUUUAGGGGUUCUCAUAACAGUUACAUUCCCAAUUUCUGAUGGCAACUUUUGAGGAAACCUGUCACUGCAUGGGUUUCUGCAGGAACAGUUUUAUG